GCCCGAGAUCCCCAAAUCCCCCCAACCUCCCAAACCCAAACAGCGCAAUCCCAAACCCAAACGAGACACCCAAAUCUAGGGUUUCGCUUCCCCUCCGCAGGAUGACCGAUCCCGCCGCCGCCGGCUCCGGCUCCGGCGCCGUCGUGCCCAUGGGCGGAAUCAGCGAGGAUUGGACCCCCAGCUUCGGCGACAUGGUCUGGGGCAAGGUGAAGUCGCAUCCGUGGUGGCCCGGUCACGUCUACAGCAUCACCCUCUCCGACGACCCGGAGGUGCACCGCGGCCACCGCCACGGCCUCGUCCUCGUCGCCUUCUUCGGCGACGGCAGCUACGGGUGGUUCGAGCCGCACGAGCUCGUCCGCUUCGAGGACCACUUCGUCGAGAAGACGUCGCAGGGCGGCAGCCGCACCUUCCCCGCCGCCGUCGCCGAGUCCCUCGACGAGAUCGCGCGCCGCAGCGCGCUCGCGCUCCUCUGCCCCUGCCGCGGACCCGACACCUUCCGCCCCCACAAGGAGGACGCCGGGAUCCUCCUGGUGAACGUACCCGGCUUCGACUCCAACGCCGAGUACCUCCCCGACCAGGUGACGGCCGCGCGGGACAAGUUCGUCCCGCAGACGAUGCUGGAUUUCCUGCAGAGCGCCGCCGUGGAGCAGCGGGAUGCUGCCGAGACAGCCGCACGGACUUUGCCAGGGAUCGAGAUGGCCGCGAUGCUCAUGGCGUACCGCCGGACCAGAUUCGAGAAGUACGACCUCACCUAUGCAGAAUCAUUUGGGGUGGAGCCAAAGAAGGCGCUUGAAGGAGAGAUUAAAGCCGAGGCUGAACGGUCUCAACGAGCUCGGCCGCUCAAGGGCCGGCAGAGGGUGCCGGAGAAGGAGAACGCCCCGGCAGCCAAGGGCCGGAGGGGCGCCGCCGGCGCGGCGGCGAGGCUCAUGGAGAAGAUCGUGCCCGGCGCGCCGGCCAUCAAGCUCAAGGCCAGCAAGAAGGACCAGUACCUGCUCAAGCGCCGGGACGACGCCCGCGCUCCGGCGCUGCCGCCGGCAGUGCUCCCGGACGCGACCCCCGUUCCGGACGACGGCGGCCCGCCGCCUGGCUUCCCGUCGGCGGAGCCGCAGACGCCGCCGUUGCCCAGCAGUGCCGGAGGCGGCGACGAUGAGGAGUUCAUGCUGCAGAAGCGCGCGCCAACCGGCCAAGCGAGCGACGGCGGCGCAACCGCGGACGACGACGUCGCCGCCGGCACCGUGCCCAAGAAGGCAGCGAAGCCCAAGAAGGCCCGCAAGCGCGAGAGGGAGGGGGCGGCGGAAGCCACCGCCGACGAGUCCGCCGCUGCCGGCGAGCCAAAGACGAAGAAGAAAAAGAAGAAGCUCGCGGAGCUCAACAGCGGCGCGCCCUCUGCCAACCCCUCCGGCGGCGGCGCAAAGCCAGCCGCUUUCUCGCCCCCCAAGGUCGACCUCGAUGGCCUGGAUCUGAAACAGGUAAUAUCGGACCUUGAGAACCUCCCGCUGCUUCCCUCCUACGGCGCCGGCAGAUCCAUCUCUGACGGAUCUCACUCCUUCCUCCUCGCCUUCCGCUCGAAACACUACAAGAAGAGUUAUGAGAACGAUCCUAGCGAGGAGUCCAAGAAGAGUCUGGAUACUAAACCCAAUGCCGCCGUCGCUGCCGCUGCCGCUGCCGCUGUUGACGGCCAGCCGCCCAAGCCGGUCAAAAAGAAGCCCGUCAUGAGACCCAUUGACCCCAGCAUUGCCGGCGUGAAGCGCGGGCCCUCUGACCGGCAGGAGGAGAUGGCCACCAAGAAGAAAAUAAAGCUCGAGAAGAUUAAGACACUGGCAGCCGAGAAGAAGGCCGGGCUGGAGCAGAAAGUCGUCCCUGCCCCUGCCUCAGCUGUGGGAGGCGUUACGCCGGCGGCUCAGCAGCCACGUGCUGGCAUGAAGGAGAAGGCUCAGGGAUUAGUCAAGAAGAAGGUGCCAGCUGCGGCGCCGGCGAGGAGGAUGGCGUCGCCGACGGCGCUGAUGAUGAAGUUCCCGCCCAAUAGCACGCUGCCGUCGGUGGCCUCCCUCAAGGCUAGGUUCGCGCGCUUCGGGCCGCUAGACAUCGACGGCAUCCGGGUGUACUGGAAGUCCUACAUGUGCCGGGUCAUCUACAAGUACAAGUCCGACGCCGAGAUGGCGCUCAAGUCAGCCAAGUCCACAGCCAUGUUCGGCCAGGUGGUCCCCAACUACCACCUCCGUGGCAUCGAGUCGUCGUCGGCCGGCGCUGACAUGGGGCCUGAGCCGGCUCCUCCUGCGCAGCAGCGCUCCGAGUUGCGGCUCAUGGAGACCACGCCGUUCAGGCCUGGGAGCUCUGGCAAUGGCGCUCCUCUAACGCUGUCAAGGGCGGCGCCAGCGCGCGCAGUCGUCGGGCAGCCCAAGUCAAUCCUCAAGAAGAACAACGACGAUGGUGGGGCCAGCGCGCUCCGGGACUCCCCUCGGGUGAAGUUCAUGUUGGACGGUGGCGACAGCAAGCUCGAGCCACCUGCGAUUCCGGCGAGCGGCAAUAGCCCGGACGCUGCUGCACCGGUGAGCAAGGUCGCGAGGUCGGUCGGCUUCGCACAGCCGCCUCUACAGCCACUGGCACGCCCUGCACAGCCCAACCUGCAACCGGCCAUGCGUGCACAGCAACAGCAGCUGCAGCCUCCACGCGCACUGGAUACCCAGGCACUUCCACCGCCACCGCCGCUGCCGUACCAGCCUCGUGUCAGUGAGCCGUUGCCGUACCAGCCUCGCCUCAGCGAGGCAUCACCAUACCAGCCCCGUCACACAGACGCGCCGCCAUCUUUCAACAACAUGCAGCCGCCGUACCAGGCUCGCCACAUCGACGUGCCGCUCAUGCUCUCUGGACAGACGACGCUGCCAUACCCGCCUCGUGCCAGCUUUGCCCGCUCCGACGACAUGCCGCCGCCAUCUCACUUUGACAACAAUGCAGCCAACGCCAUGCCGGCUCCUUUUGACAGGAACGCUGUGAACGCCAUGCCCGUGUGGAAGAGGGGAGAGAAGGAGUUCAGUGAGGAGCUGAUGAGGGUGAUGCUGGCGAUCGCCAAGCUGGUGGAGCCAUUGAUGGACAAGAACGGCAACUUCCCCUACCACCUCUUCGGCAGGUCAGCUUGAGGCCUGGCUUCAGCUCGCUGCGUUGUAUCCUGACUGCUGGGCCCCAGGGGCAGUGGCAGUACAGCUAGUGCAGUAGUAAUACUAGUGAAGUCACCUGUCGCGAGAAGGCAGCAAGAACAAGAUGAUGCCGCUCAUGUCAUGUAGUGUAUAAUUACCUCUCGUUUUUUCUGCCUUUCGUGAGCGUAUGAACUCUCUGGAUUCUAGACAUCAUUAGACUCUCAUUUCAGAAAUGGUUAAAGACUCUGUAUUGUUUGUAUGUUUUUAAGUUGGAUUAUAUGAGUUGGUUUAAUGUCGUCUAACUAA